AUGUCACGAAUCCCUGUGCCAUCUCCUUCCUACAAUCGUAGCGCAGGCGCUCCCAGAGCUACUUCUCCUAUCCCCUUCCCCGCAGACCGCGCAGUCUCUCCUCUCCCGUCCCGCCACCAGCCUAACUCGUCCAUGUCGACUCUAUCUAGCUCCGUGGCAGAGACCCGGAGGAAGCAGAACAAGAGGGACGAGGCGAUCCGGAAGAAGAUCGAGGGCGAGCUGGCGCGCAAGCGCACGAUCUCCACCACCGGCCCUGGUGCUGGCGGGGGCCGCCGCCGCAGGGACAAGCCCAACGUGCAGAAGGGCACCGUCGCCGCGCUCAAGCCGAGCCCCGCUCUGACCGUCCCGGAGAACAUCACGGUGUCCGAGGCGAGUCAGCUGUGCGCGGCGAAGCGGACGGACUGCGUGCUUGUCGUAGACGACGAUGAGGGCCUCAGCGGUAUCUUCACAGCCAAGGACUUGGCUUACAGGGUCACCGCCGAGGGCUUGGACCCGCAUACGACGCAAGUCAGCGUUAUCAUGACCCGGAACCCUAUGGUCACUCGGGACACGACCAGCGCGACGGAGGCUCUCCAGUUGAUGGUGCAAAAGCACUUCAGGCAUCUGCCCGUCUGCAACGAAGAGGGCAACGUCGUCGGAUUGCUCGAUAUCACAAAGGUGUUUCACGAAGCCCUGGACAAGGUCGAGCGCAGCUCCUCCGCCUCGGAAAAGCUUUACAGCGCGCUUGCUGGGGUCCAGUCUGAGCUUGGGGCGGGCCUGGGCUCCAACCCGCAGGCCGCGGCGAUGCUCUCGUACGUCGAGGCGCUCCGCGAGAAGACCGCGCUCCCGGACCUCACGACCGUCAUGGACUCGCGCACGCAGCCUGCGACCGUCGGCCCGAAGACGACCGUGAGGGAGGUCGCGAAGCUCAUGAAGGAGCGGAGGACGACGGCGGUGUGCGUCAUGGAGCCCGCCGCGCCUGGUCAUACCACCGCUGCGAAGAUCGCGGGUAUCUUCACGAGCAAGGAUAUCGUUCUGCGUGUCAUCGCCGCGGGCUUGGACGCGACGCGGUGUAGUGUUGUGCGGGUGAUGACCCCUCACCCCGAUACCGCGCCGCCGACCAUGACUAUACAUGAUGCCCUCAAGAAGAUGCAUAUUGGUCACUACCUUAACUUGCCUGUCGUGGAGGCUGACGGCCGCUUGGUCGCCAUCGUCGACGUUCUUAAGUUGACGUACGCGACUCUGGAGCAGAUGAACGCUAUGUCGGUUGAGGCUGGUGGUGAAAACGAGCCUGAGGGUGGCCCUAUGUGGGGCCGCUUCUUUGAGUCCCUUGGCGCGGGUGACGAUACCGAGUCGGUGCUCUCUGGAUCGCACUACCAUGCCGAUAGUGUGUCGCACUCGCGCAAAUUCUCGCGCAGCAUGUCGCAUCUCGUGCAGUCCCCACACUCCGAGGUCCACCCCAACGACUCCGCGUCGGUCGUCGACGACGACCAGGAGUCCGCCCUCGCGGGCUACGGCAAGCAGGAUGGCGUCCCUUCUAUCGUCGGCCCCCCAGCUUCCAUUCCGCCCGUCGAUGACGGCACCUAUGUCUUCAAGUUCCGCACGCCGAGCGGCCGUACCCACCGGUUCCAGGCGCGCCACGAUAAUGUGGAGACGCUCCGCGAGAUCGUCGGCGGGAAGCUUGCGACCGAUCCCUUCUUUACUAACUACAAGAACGAGGACCCGAACGAGCCUCCUCCGGACCCGACCGACUUCACGCUCUCGUAUACGGACGCGGACGGCGACGUCGUGCUCAUCACCUCCGACUCGGACGUGUCGGACGCGGUGAAAAUCGCGCGUGCGGCGAGCCAAGACCGUGUCGUCCUGUUCAUCCAGGGGGGCAGGGGCUGGGCGGACGCCAUGGCGGAGAAGAGCGCGAGGCAGGCUGAGGCGGUCGCGGCUGCCGCGGCCCAGGAGGUGAAGGAGGUGGAGAAGACGGAGGUCGCGCCCGCGCCCACGCCCUCCGUAGUGACGCCUGCCCCCAGCGUGUACGCGCCGCCGCCGUACGUGCCGCACCCUCCUGCCGAGCCGGAGCUGGUGCUGGGUAUCCCGAAGGACCUGCUGUUGCCCGCGAGCAUCGGCGCGUUGGCGGCGGUCAUCUUGGGUGUCUUCACAAUUUCUCGUCUGACAAGAUAGAUGAUGAUGCAGUACGUGCUGGAUGCGUGGGUGCUUGGGAGGGAAGGAGCCGUGGACGGCUGGAUUGCUUAUGAACGUUCGCUCCCUGAAUACCUUAGUUUGCUCUCAGUGUCCUGUCGCCCAGGCCUGCUAUAUGAUGAUAUCCAUCUUUGCUCACGAAUGUUUGACGCACGUAACGACAUACAAC